AUGUUGCCUCCUCUUGUUUGUGGCAGUUUCAGCGGUCAAGAAGAUGAAGAUGAUAUCGAUGAACUUCUCGGCCCGUGCUCAACGCCAAAGAGAUCAAGAAAGACGAGUUAUUCCAGUAGAAGUAGAGAUAGCAAUAACCCUUAUGCAAAUCGAGGUCUUGAGAAGUUCUCUGCAGUUUUGGCCGAACUUGAAGACAAGAAGCAGAAGAUUUACACACAAAAAGGCUCAGAAGACAUCUCCUUUGUUCGUUUUGUAUAUUCGAAUUCCAACGAUUGGAAACCGAUUGUUGUGAAGGCCAGGGACAGGAAACAAGGCAAUGGUAACAAUCAUGUUGGCAAUGUUAAAGAAAAGCAGAUGUCACGCAUGAAUUCAUUACCAUCAGAAGAUAAACAUGCAAUUGAGACCUCAACCAUUGUUAAAGAAGUUCGACAACAACAGAAAGAGGAAUCCAGCCAAAGACCUGUAAAGAAGAGCAUUAGAUGGAGCUUAAAGUUGGAAAAUUUGAGGCGCCCUUGUUGGUACAUGCCGGUUAUGAUUGUCUUGAUUGUAUUGCUCUUGGUCACGUAUGGAAGAUCAUUUGCGAUACUAUGCACAUCCCUUGGAUGGUAUUUAGUACCUAUGAUUAAACAAAGGAGCUCAACUUCGGAGGAAACAAAGAAGACCAAGAAAGAUUAUGUGAGAAGAUUAGGCGAAAAGAAUAUGGUGAAUGACAAAGUGGCAUCUCCAAAAAGUUCUGGAUCGUCUUCUCCUAAGAGUGUGCUAAGUGAACCAGCAGAAAAACCAACUGGGCUUCAUGCUCAUAGAAAAAGCUGGUAA